AUGGGGGUGUCAGAGUGGUUCUGGCACCAUGAAUUCUGGCUGCCACCUGGAGCUACCUGGGAGGACUUGAAGGAGUCUGCAGACGUCCACUACCCGCAGCCUCAGGACCUGCUGCUCUGCAUCCCUGGUGCUCUGCUGUUGAUCUUUGUCCGGUGCCUCUUUGAAAGAACUGUGGCUCUGCCCUUGGGCAGGGGGUUGGGUGUGAGGGACAAGCGGAGGCCCAAAGUCCAGACCAACGCCACGCUGGAAAGCUUCUACGUUCUGCUGGGCAGAACCCCAAAGGAGGAGGACCUGAUUUCACUGGCCAAGCAAAGUGACCUGCCCAUCAAAGAGGUGCAGACCUGGUUCCGGCACCGGCGGGCCCAGGACCACCCCAGGCUGAGCAAGAAGUUCUGUGAGGUCAGCUGGAGAUUCACAUUCUAUUUUACCUCAUUCUUCUCUGCACUGGCUCUUCUGUAUGAUAAGCCCUGGUUUUGGGACCACACCGUGUGCUGGUUGAAAUUUCCACAACAGCCUCUCCCACCUGCACUGGGCUGGUUCUACCUCCUGGAGCUCUCCUUCUACUGCUCACUCAUGGCCACCCUGCCCUUCGAUGUGAAGAGGAAGGACUUUAAGGAGCAGAUCAUCCACCACAUCACCACCAUCACU